CUAUCAUCAUUCAUACUGAAUAUUCAAAAUCAACGUUGGAGGCGAGGUUGACUCGUUAAAUAUUGGAUUCAUCUCUGUAUAAUUGUCUUCCCCUCCAAUAAAAACGUGGCCUUAUCUUAUCUCAUUCAAACAAGUCUUGUUUGACAGUUUCCUAACCAGGUCAUAUACAUCCAUAUUGGUUGGAAUCUGCAGCUCCCAUAAUUUACUACAACGGCGAAGAAGAUGACCACAAUUAUAUCUGCGUUGCUUCUUCUACUCGGGAGCCUGAGAGUGGGCGAUGGGCGUCUGAUUAGAGAGGUCUUGAGCACGACAGAGAUGUGCGAGCCGACGUAUGGAUUCUUGCCGUGCUCCAGCAACGUGUGGGGUCUGCUGUUUCUGGUCAUCGUCUUCGAGAUAGUCCUUACCUUGGCUGGCCGGUACGUAGGGAUGGGAUCAGACAUGUUUUUCCGUACUAUCGGACCGGGCAUCAUUGGGGGCAGUGUGUUUCAGUUUCUUGGCACAAUCCCACAGAUUAUCAUGAUUCUUGCAACUGUGCUAUCAGGAUCCAAAGAGGCUGCUCAACAAAGGGCCACACUUGGAAUGGGAUUGGUUGCCGGAUCAACAGUCAUGACCCUCACGCUGAUAUGGGGCAUCUCCGUCAUCCUUGCUAGCUACGAUCGCUCCAUUUCUCCCACUAUCGACAAAUCCGGAAGCCAGAAAACCACACCAAAAGGUUAUGGCGUUGUAACGGAUGUUGAGACGAGCUACACUGCUCGGAUAAUGCUGAUACCCUUGAUUCCUUUCCUCAUCCUUUUGCUAGCAGAGGCUUUCAGUUCGUCAUCAGUGAAGAGAGUGUUUCUUCUCAUUGCACUCAUUGUCACAGUCAUGUUGCUUUUCGGCUUCAUUUUGUACCAGGCGUUCCGGCCUUGGAUUCAGGCCCGUAGAUUCGAGUAUUUGAUGAGUAAGUAUGCAAAGGACAAGCUGCUGAGGCUCUUAUCCAGCAAUGGCAGACCCGAUGAGACAAAAAUACAACGCCUGUUUUCCCAAAUCGACAAGGACAAAAGCACGUCCAUAUCAGCAGCAGAACUCCGAGUUCUGCUCUUAGGUGUGAGGAUGGAUGAAGGUGACUUGAGCACAGACAGGGACGUCGAGAACAUCUUGGAGUCCUUCGAUACCACUGGAGAUGGACGUAUCAACAGGGAAGAAUUCGUCAUAGGGAUGACCAAAUUACUCAACGAGCUAGCCAAAGAGAGGCUUGACCGCAUAAAAAAGAGUAGAGACAAUGAUCCAUUACAACAGGGCUUGUUGGGCGACAGCGACAACACGAAUGAAAGGAGGGCCGGCCGAAGUGAUCUAACCACUUGGCUGAACUAUCUAAAAGCUCUUUCAUUGGUGAUUCUUGGGAUUGCAUUGAUGUUGUCUUUUGCAGAGCCACUGAUCACAAGUGUCGUGGGCUUUGCCACAGCUGCACAUCUGCCUAAUUUCUCCGUCCCGUACUUAGCCAUACCCUUAGCCACGAACUACCGAGUAGCAGUUCAAGCAUUCACUUCAUCUCCAAGGAAAACACAGAACUCCAUUUCUUUGACACUCUCUGCACUGUACAGCGGUGUGUAUAUGAACAAUGUGGUAAGCUUGAUCGUGUUCCUCACCCCGGUUUAUGCUCUGAAUCUGUCCACAGAUGUGCUUGUGGAAGUUCUCGUGGUUAUCGUGAUGAACACGGGGAUGGCAGCUCUCACAGGCUUCCGGACCUCGUUCCCUCGCUGGUUGGGCUAUGUUGUCGUGCUGUUGUAUCCGGUUACUCUGGCGGUGACCUAUUUACUCACUGAUGUUCUAGGAUUGCCUUAGGAAGACUGUGGCUAGUGAUAUGGUUUAAGAGAUGUGUAUUUACUUUUAGUUUUUAUAGUUUGUUUCUUCAUUGUAGCAAUAUCUUAUUAGUGUCAUUAAGUAGAAAACAUUCUAUAUUUGAUAUGCAUUGGCUAGCAUCAAUGUUUAUUUAAAACCAUAAAUAAUGGUUCUCGAUUUUUCUA